AUGGGUGUUCAAGACCAAACUGAAUCUAGAUGGUUCAGUGCAAAAGAACAAGGCAAGAUUGAUGUCAAGUUAGCAUUCUUGAAUGGAAAGCUGCAAGAAGAAGUGUAUGUUGAGCAACCUGAGGGAUUUGUGGCUCAAGGCAAAGAAGAUAGAGUUUAUAGACUGCACAAGGCUCUUUAUGGGUUAAAACAGGCACCUAGAGCCUAG